CAGUGUUUUUUUUAGGACACUUGAGUGUAGCCCCCCCAAAAAAUAUAAAGAAAAUAUUUUGAAAUGAAACUUCUUAUUAAUUAAUUCUUAGGUUUUAACAUCAAAAGGAACACUGCAAUAUUUUCAUACUGAAUUAACCUUCUAGCUGCCAGUGAGAUGCAUUGAGCAGCAGAUAAUACAAUUACUAUACAGACAAUUACUAUACAGAGUAUACAGAGAAUUGAUUCUGAACAUCCUCAACACCUAUUUCCUUAAUAUUUCUCAUUCCCAUGUGGCAUUGUGAACUGGCCUCUGUUACUACCCUUUCUUCUACUGUGAAACAUCUUAUGAGGUUCCCUGGCUAGGGUUUCCACCUGUAUGGUUUUUACCCUGACUUCCCAGUUUUCGGAAAAGCUGUCCAGGUAAAAAUUGCCUGUCUAGAUUUACCAUUGGUUGCUAUGGGUUAAUGUUCCUAGGGAAACUUUCUGUUAUUACAUAUGGGGGCUGGUAUUCUGGGUAAAAUGCAGAAAACAUAGAAACCUAGUUCUAGCUAUUGCCAAAGUUAACAUUAUUUGCAAACUGUACUGCUGACCUGUAGUAUAUUAUAGGAUGCGACACUCCCCAUUUAUAUGCCAUAAUCAGAGGAACAUAUCACAAUUAACACUUGGUUUACUAUGUAAGUAGAAAUCUCAAAUUAAUAUUCAUAUUGUAUAAAGACAUCUGCUAAGCAUGCAUAUCUAUGUGCCUCAGUGAUUUUCCCACAGCCUCAUACACAUCUGGGAUUCAUAUUUGUUGAAGGCACAUUCCUUCCACUUUCACCCCCUCACAAGUUUCCAAGUUUUCAUGUUCGUCUUGUUUUUCCUCCCAGCCUUGUGUACCAAAUCCCAGUCUCCAUUACUUUUUCCCCUCCUACGCAUUGGGGCAGCCUUGUGGGAUCUCAUGCAGAGUUACAUCACAGGCCAAGCUGAUAUAAGAGGCAUUAGAGGGGGCUUAGACAUAGAGUGCUCAAAGCAGAUCUGACCACAAGGCCCCACCAGAACUGAAUCAAGAAUCCUUAGGCACAGGCAUAAAGAAAGAAGGGACCUUCGAAUACGAAUAAAGAGACAUUACAAUAAAAGACAGACAGAGAAGAAGGAAAGUAACCAAGGGAUCAAAAGCACGAUGCCCCACUACCCUAUUCUACUGCUGCUUCUUCUGCCCUUCCGUGUUUCCACCUCAGGUACCUUAGAACCUCCCAAUCAUGGAGACCAGAAGACAGAACUAAUGGACAGAGGAACUGGCAUAAUUUCUGCCCCAUCUGUGGGGAAUGGUCAGACUGCUAUCUUACUAGAGCCAAAUAACACAUGGAGAGAAAGAAGUGCCAAUGAACAUAUCCAGUUUAUAAAUGGUGGGAUAGGAGUGGAAUACUAUGAGGAUAAAGAUGAUAAUGACAGUGAAGUAAAGGAAAUUACACCUCCCUCAUAUGCUUCUCUUGAACCCUGCACCUAUGAUCGCUGCAAACACUUGGAGAUUCCCUGUCAAGAGACACAAAGAGCUGCAGGAUACCAUUGUCUGUGCCCUGGAAUUGAUGGACCUUCAGUCCCACCUGAUCCUCCACGCCUAGUACAAUCUGUUUCUGAAGAAAGUGGAGCCAAUUUGAGAUGGUGUUCCCCCCUGUCCACUGUACAUGGCUAUAGAGUACUACAUGGAAUUAGUGGGAGCCCAAUGCAGAGUGGACCAGUCCUUAAUGCCACUUAUCGGUUUUACUCUAUAGAAAAACUUCUUCCAGAUACAGACUACAGGGUGUGUGUAGUAGCCUUUAAUGAGGCUGGAGAGAGCAAGGUAGAUUUUGGAGAGGCUAAAGACGAGGAAGAAAACUGGGAAUGGGGUAAGCCAGGCCCCUGCAGGAUAAUACAUACAUCUCGCACUAAGGCAUCCAUGAUAUUAUUAUGGGCAGGUGUGACAAUUGCAGUGCUGGCAGGGAUAAUGGGCAUAGCUCUGUUAGGAUAUUGGAUGAGGAUCACAGGCAGGCGUAAGCGUCGGAAGAUUGAAAGAGGGGUGGAAAUGGGUAUAUCGAAUCUAUCCUUUAGAGCAGAGAGUGUGGAGCAAUUAUAACUACUCAGCAUGUACUGUAUAUUUUAUAAUAUAUAUUUAUUUAUUGGAAUAAAACUAUUUUUUUUACACAA